AGGACAACGACAGCAGCAGCAGCAACAACAACAAUAUGUUAAUGAGAUAUGUUAUAUAAUUUGUUUUGAAUGUUUGUGAUUUGGUUGUUUUAUAAAUUAAGUGUAACUAACUUGUUAAAUUUAUUAUUUGGAGUAGCUGCCAUGAGAGGUGAAUAGGCGAAAGACGAAGAGAAUACACAACGAUAAUAGCAACAGUUCUUUACCAUUCGAUUUCACCAAUUAACAUAUUCAUUGCAUCACCAUAACAGAGGCCAUAAUGUUCCAGCAUCUUUUAGUGCUUUUUCUAGGUUGUUUCCUAUGUACAGUUUCAGAUGGCCUUGUGAAGCGAAGUUUGGAUUCGUUUGGUGAAAUGAUUGAGGCUGAGACUGGAAGAAAUCCCUUUGAUUUCAACGGAUAUGGAAAGUGGUGUGGCUUUGGCGGUUCCGGUGAUCCUGUAGAUAGCAUUGAUAACUGCUGUAGGAAUCACGACCAUUGCUACGAACGCGUCAAUCGAGUUCAGUGUAAUUCCCUCACACAUACAAAAGUUUAUUUCGCUUCAUAUCAUUGGUAUAAACAUCAAGGAUUAAUCUAUUGUUUGAAUAGUGAUGAAUGUCAGCAGGCUACGUGUAUGUGUGAUAAAAAAGCAUCAAUCUGCUUCUAUAAUCAUCUCAUUGAGUACAAUGAAUCGAACCAAUUGCCAUUCAGUAAAUUAAUAGGUGGUCUUUUCAACCAUCGCUGAAAAUUUAUUUUGCUUCAGCCAACUCUGGGCACUAUUUUUUCAUCAACUGUUUCUGCAAUUCACAGUAAAUCGCCAAUAAAACAAGAAAAUGAGACUAAGAAAAAAAAAAAAAAAAAAAAAAGAACAGUCAUCAUUGCAACAUUUCCUCAUGUUGUUGAUGUUGUUGAUGUUGUUGAUGUUUUCUGCCAGAUCAACCGUCUUAGAACACUUAUGAUCUAAGGCAAUCUCGCAGUGACCAUCCGGUCGUUUGUUUUUCAGACAAGGUGUAGCUAGAGCUACUUUAUCUAAUGCGCCCUUCCUUUGAUUUGAGAGAAAUUUGACUGCUAUUUCUAAAAGACUGAGCGACCACGUCUUCAUUGAACAGUCUUGUACUUGUUGGCAUGAGAAUUGUUAGCGCAUCGGAGAAAAUGGCUCUUUGUGCUCUGAGUUCAAAUACCUUUGAAUUGAUAAAAUAAUGUACCAGAGAAGUACUAGAGUUGAGGUAAUGAACUUGACCCCCUCCUUCAAAAAUGCUAGUCUAGUACCAAAAUUAAAAGCAAUUAUGAAAUUAGAUUUGUGCAGUACAUCUAUUCUCGCUUAUCACUGAUUCAUUCAAAACUGAUCUGGGAUAACACGGUACACUAAACUGUGAACCACGUUGCGCUAAUCACGGAUUAAUCCGUGAUAAAUGAUCAGUUAACGAUUUUACUUGAACAACAAAAGUGCGCCCCGGCAACUAUCCACAAUGCUCAGCUACCCAGAAUGAAUUGUUUACAAUCUAUACUUACAUCACCAUGCUGGGGAACUGGGUAUUUUUUUAAUACGGAUUUACGUACACGUAGCCAUCGACAUGCGAUUAAUGAGCAGAAAAAGUAUUUUUCGUUGUUAUAUUCUUAUUGUUUACUGACCAUAUAUUAUUAAAUUUUCCUCUAUAUACUAAUCCAACUAUGAAACAAUCUCAUGUGUAUUUAAAAUCUGUUCGGGGGUGUCAUUUGGUUAAGUUAGUAGUGGGACAGCUUGCGGUCUCGGAAUGAAACCUAUUUUUCUAAUGCGUUUGAUCCAUUUAUGAACGAUUCAUUUAACACUGUCUUUUUUAAACCAGACUCGCGUGAUAAACAAGGGUAAGCGUAUAUUACAGUGUAGGGAACACAACAGUAUCAUUUGAAGAUAGUGGACAAACAUUUGAAAUAUCGUCAGUUUGUAUCUAACCAGGCUGUGAUUAUGAGCAAGAAACAUAACUCAUGAAUGACUAACUUUUGUUUGUACGUUGUUGCUGUUUAUCCCCAGGUCAGCUCUGAUCGGUUACUGUUAUUUCACUUGUAACCUUCUUAUCUGAGACUACAUCGUCCACUAUAUCCGUCACUCACAAAGCAUUGGUCGGUCCGAGACUAUAGUACAGUGCUGGUCAACCUGAGGCCCGGUGCAGCAUGCGGCCUGAAGACUUUUAUCGAUACUUUCUUGAAAUGGGUUUAUUUAAACAAACAUUUAAAAAUAUUUAGCAAAAAAUUCAAGAUUGUAAUGAAAUUAAAAAAGAAAGAUAC